AUGACUGCGACUCACCCCAUCGCCAAUGGCGCCCCCAAGCUCGAACAAGACCCCCAAGCCAUAAUCGACCAGGAAAUGCUCGAUGAAAUCAGUCGCCAUAACGAUGGGGUAGCCGAGGGCUUUUUCGAAAGGUUCUUCGGAAGAUCGCCUUUGGACAACUCAGGCAAAAAAGCCAUCGACCCCCUACGACGCCCUUUCAUCUCUCGCCUACCAGAAUCGGAGGAGGAGCUCGACCUUCCCGGCACCUCGUAUCACUUCCUCUUUUCAAGUACUACAGAGUAUACCUGGGCCAAGGUCCAAGUUAUCGGGCUUAAACUUGAUGAUGAGUAUUAUGACCACGACUCUGGCUUGGUGAAGCUCUACAAGUAUGCCCGAAAGGUCUUCAGAAGCCAGCCAGCCCGUCGCUUUCUGCACGGAAUAUACAUUCUCGGGCUAGUGGCGGAACUCUGGGUGUUUGACCGAGCUGGGAUAUAUCAUUCCCCCCCUUUGAGCCUGCGAGACCAUCCAGAGGGAGUUGCAGCCAUACUUUCAAGCUACUUACGCUUGGAUGAUCUUGACCUUGGCAUCAAUCCGAUCCUCCACUCCGACACGACAGGGACAUACAUCUUGGCCAAGGGCGAGAAUCAAUCCGAAGCGGGGCUUUCUCAGUUUUAUCUAGAAGGCGAACCUAUCUCAUCUCCUAAAGACAUUGUGAGCACCAGACCCACGUGUUACCGAGCGAGGUUAUCGACUUCGACAAGACCCGAAUUCGUCGUCAAGUUCAUUUGGAGAGUAGCAGCCUGGAUGCUAGGAGAUUGGGAAUCAGAAAACUGGGGAACAGGAGCUCGUCGUUCCGAGGAAUUAAUGCUGCGACUUGUCAAGAAGCGCAAAGUCAGCGGCGUGAUGCAAAUGUUUAGCCACCAAAAGGUCGACGACAGGUGGGGUCUUCGCGGGGGAGGAAUGAAGGUUCCAGCAUCGAAAGGGUUACUCGACGACAAUACAUUCACAGUCCGGGACUCAAAUUUGGAAUGUAUGGUCGUUUAUCCGCUCGGUCGUCCCAUUGCCCGUUUUCGAACGGUCGAAGAGUUCCUUCGAGGUUUCCGUGAUGCCAUCGCUGGGUAUCAGUCGUUGCACCUGGAUGGCAAGAUUCUUCAUCGAGAUAUAUCACCGGGUAACAUCAUGCUUGCUGAGGACAAGAAGGAAGGGGAACCAUGGGGAUUUCUUAUCGACCUCGAUCUGAGCAUGGAACUUGCCGUGGGUCCAGCUCGACCAAAUGAGAUCAUCGGAACCAAGGCAUUCAUGGCCAUCGAUGUGCUCAGGCGUGUACCACGCACAUACCGCCAGGAUCUAGAAUCCUUCCUCUACGUGUUUCUGUGGAUUGCUAUCUGCGGCGGUGAUCGGAAGUUGCCCGCUGAUAGUCGGCUUCAACGCUGGCUGGUCGGAGACUGGAGUGAAUUGGCCCAAAAGAAGACGGAGGAUAUGGAGGAUGGGAAUUUUCCUGGUAUAGUGGCCGAGUUUACGCCCCAGUUUCGGGCUCUAGAGGGCCUGGCUUAUAGGUUGCGAGACAUUGUGUUCUCCCCGGGACCAAAAUCUGGGGACAAGGAGGCCGAGGAGAUGUAUUCUGCCUUGAUCUCUGCAGUUGAUGAUUCUUUGAUUUUUCAGGUUGAAUCAUAA